AUGUCUUUACCCAUUAAUUGUUUUUGGUCUCUUUUAUCACUAAGAGACCUAAGUUUCGUUUAUAUUUCUCCUUGGCUAUCUAAAGCUCUUGGUCCUAACCAUGACUCUUUAUUGGGUACUUCGGUUUUUGACUACUUUCAUCCUCAAGAUCGUGAGUUGGCGCGUCGCGACUUGUCAGAAUGUCGAUAUAAUAAUGUUUCAGCGAUAAGAAAGAUAUUACAAUCUCAAAUUCCUUCAAAUAAAGGAAUGACUGUAGUUAGUCAUGAUAUCGUUCUUGCUUGCUUUCAUCCUGAUGAUGCAAAGCCAAGUAAUUGCUCUCAGAAUUCUUGUGGUGAAACUGAAUUUACAAAUGAUGUACUACAAACUCCACCUGCAACUCCAUUUCCAGAAAACAAAUCAUUACCUAGCGGUAAUAAUUUUUCGCCAAAUCGUAUUUUUCAAAUAUUAGAUAGGAAUUCAAGGAAUUUAAUUUUCACUUGGCCUGAUCCAAGUUUUGUUCCUGGUACUGAUAUCCCUUAUGAUAAGGAUGAAUUCUCUAGAUUAUUACAAAAUUCUUCUAUAAAUCAUUGUAAUUUUAUAAGUGGGAAAGAUAGGAUUGAUACUCAAUCCCCUAGUUGUAUGAGACCAAUUUCUAACAAACAUAAUAUGAUUUCAACUUGUGGAAAAUCCGAACAAGUCGAAAGCGUUAUGAUUCCUUAUGGAAUCAUUAUUUUCGCUUGUUUUCAAAUUUUACCUUUGACUUCUUCCGUUUCAUUCGCUUCUCCUCCUUACAAGCCUCAAAAAUCUUUGUCUGCUCCUUGUUCUCCUCCUACCACGAAUGGUACGACUAAAAGACCAAGAUCUCCUAAUUCUUCUCCUGGUUCUUUAUCUCCAACUUAUUACUCCGAUUCGGGUAGUAAUGGUGCUUGUGGUUAUAAUUCUGGUCAUCCUUAUCCUUAUCGUCCAGAAAUAUCGGAAUUUAUUCCUCCAACAAGAGCUUCAAAACGAAUUCGUCCAAAUGAUGUCUCUCCUAUACCUCAUCACCUACCGAAUCCUGUUUCUCCUCAUGAUUCACCUGUUUAUCAAGACCAAUAUCCAUUCCCUUCAAUGUCACAAUCUCACAAUGAUCAAAAAUUACCAACUAUAUCACAUCAACAAAUUUAUUUUGCUCAACAACAACAACAUCAUCAAUAUCCAUCAAAUCCACAUCCUCCACAUUCACAACAACCAUCACAUUCACAACAACCUCCGCAUUCACAACAUCCUCCACACUCACAACAUUCACAACAUCCUCCGCAUUCACAACAUCCUUCACAUUCACAACAUUCACAACAUUCACAACAUUCACAACAUUCACAACAUUCACAACAUGUUGUAAAUUCAUAUCCUUCUCCUACUUUCUUACCACAACAUGAUAAUAACGUUAUUCAUCAACGUCCUAAUCCACCUCCACCUUCUUCACAACCUCAACCUGUUCCCAAUCAGGGUACAAAUUUUUCUCAAUUUCCUCCAUCACAACGUAGAACUACUCCUGCCAUUAAUGGUACUAAAAAAUGUGAAAGUUGUCAUACAAGUUCUAGUCCAGAAUGGAGACGCGGCCCAACGGGUCAUAAAACUCUUUGUAACGCAUGUGGGUUAAGGUAUUCUCGUACGAUAGCUCGCGAGAUUCGUAAACGUGAGCAAGCUCAACGUGAACAGGAGCAACGGAUUCGAGAACAACGUGAAGGCGAAGAACGUGCCCGCGAAAGAGCUGCUGCUAUCAUGAUGCAACAUGUUAUUGAACCUCCUUAUAAUCAAUAUAGGCCAAAUACAAAUAUAACAGGU